CUUUGAAAGAAUACAUAAAUUUUCUGCACGGCUUAGUUCCGGCUACACCUUCAAUAAACAGCGCCCUCUUGUGGUACUAAAAAGUAGACUGUUCAUGCAGUUUGGUAAAUGGCCACAAGAUGGCAGCGUGUGCACAACAUUUGGAGAGCGUGGGCGCGCGCAUGAGUGCGCGCGGGAGUGUGUGUGCCUGUAAGCGAGAAAGAAAAAGCCACAGAGAGUCAGAUAGAUUACAGAUGUGCUUCAAAGUCGACUCCUGGAAAUCACAUGGUGCUUCCUGUGCAGGCUGGGGUGCAUGCGCUUUCAAUAACCCGCGUGCUGGUUGGCUGAGCGGCUCGCAUCUCCUCAUUGUCAAACAAACUCAUUGCACUCCCCGUCGAGGAGGAGGAAGAAGAGGAAGAAGGGAGUGCAUCGCAUUUGCUGCUUACGAGGUAAAAGGUCUAUAGAAAGCAGCCGGCACGCGGACGGUAAAGGCGGGCUGUGGAGACUACGGCGCAGCGAUGAUGGGCAAAUCUGUGAAAGACGUUGACAGAUACCAAGCUGUCCUCAACUCUUUACUGGCGCUGGAAGAGAACAAAUUCUGCGCUGAUUGCGAGUCCAAAGGUCCCAGAUGGGCCUCGUGGAAUUUAGGCAUCUUCAUCUGCAUCCGCUGCGCCGGGAUUCACCGGAACCUCGGCGUCCACAUCUCCAGGGUCAAGUCUGUCAAUCUGGAUCAAUGGACACAGGAGCAGGUUCAGUGUGUUCAAGAAAUGGGAAACGCAAAAGCCAAACGUCUCUAUGAGGCGUUUUUACCGGAGUGUUUCCAGCGCCCAGAGUCCGACCAGGCUGCAGAGAUCUUCAUCAGGGACAAAUACGACAAGAAGAAGUACAUGGACAAAGUCAUUGAUAUUCAGAUGCUCAGAAAAGAAAAGAGCUGCGACAACAUCCCCAAGGAGCCCGUUGUGUUUGAGAAGAUGAAACUGAAAAAAGAGAUCAGCCCGAAGACAAAUUCACAGUCUGUCACAGACCUGCUUGGACUCGAUGCCCCCACUCCGAGCCCUGCGGUGUCUAAUGGUGGAGGAUGUAGUUCAGACAGUAAUGAGAGCCCGGCUCUGGCGCACCCUCCUCUCGACCUCUUCAGCUCCCUCCCGGCUCCCUUUGCCGCUUCCUCUUCAAAAUCCACGCCAGUUUCUGGCUCCAUGCCUCAGAGUCGAGUGACUGCCUCAGUGCCUGAAAACCUCAGUUUAUUUUUGGACCCCAAACCCAAAUCGGAAGAAGGAGCUGUCAAGAAACUGUCCAAGGAUUCUAUUCUCUCCCUGUACGCCUCCACUCCCUCGGUGCAUGCCAGCAGCGUGGCUGCACACGGUGGAUUGUACAUGAACCAGAUCGGCUACCCGACGCACCCGUACGGUCCGUACCAUUCUUUAGCCCAGGUGGGGGGACUAGGAGGGACCAUGAUGCCCUCACAAAUGGCCAUGAUGGGACAGCAGCCGAGCAGCAUGAUAGGGGUCCAGCAGAACUGUAUGAUGGGACAGCAGAAUGGACUAAUGGGUGCUCAGUGUGUCCUGCCGCAGCAGAGUGGCGUGGUUGCUUCACCUUACAUGGCGGGGGUGAGCCAGGGGAUGAUGGGACAUCAGCAGAGCGCCAUGAUGGCUCAGCAGCAGCAGCAGCAACACGUGUACGGCAUGCAACAAAUGCAACAGCUUCAGUGGAACGUUGCUCAGAUGACGCCGCACAUGGCUGGCAUGAAUCUGUACAGCAGCAAUGAGGCGGUGGGGUACAGCAGUCAGCACAUGGGCAGCUCGUCGGCGCCAAGCUCAGCACACAUGACAGCACACGUCUGGAAAUGAUCGCCGUCCAUCCAACCAGAACACCUCACACAAGAAUGAAAAAGCGACUCAUCCUGGAAGAAGAGUUCCCAGUGCAAGAGAGGAAGACACGACGUGAAGAUGCUUGGAGAUGUUCUCUCCUCUCUGCCCAAAUGCUUCCUCUUGGCAUAUCACCCACAGCCAUACUCUGCAGAUUUCCAUGUUUGCCUUCAGGACAUUUUUGUAUUCGGACCAAGACAACAGGGUUUAGUGGCAUCUGGUUGAAACUCCAUUUCUUUCUUUGUGUCAAAUUAUUAUCGAGUUUGGAGUUCAAAUGUUUUUUUUUUCUUUAAACCUAGCUCUUAAUGUCAUUUAUUGAAACAAGAUAUAACCGUCACCCUACGAUAUCUUAUUACAGGCUUUGAAUGCAUAGAUCCCAUUAAAAUAACAAUGCACUACCUAGGUUAAAAAGAGGCCUAUAAAAAGUUUUAUUACAAAAUACACCAACAACAAGUUUUCAAAUCCGUUUUAUCUCAAAUUUAGUUUCAAUAUUUGUUUUUAUCGUUCACACUCUAAGUUAAGCUAAGGUAUUUUUUUACUUCCCUUUUUGUCAUUUCAGUUGUAAUUUCUGCUCCUUUGAAUAGAAAACUAAACAACUGUUGUAUUUUAGAAAGAAAGAAAAUUGAAAACAUAUCAUUUUUGUUAUUAUUAUUUAAGCACAACUUUUGCUACUUACAUCUUUGAGUCUUUUUUGGGGAAAUAUUUCUCACUCGCUUGUAAGGACUUAUUCAGUUAGUUGUAUUGUAGAAGUUAGCUUAUCUUAAACAAUCAGGGACAUUUAGCUCACAUGUGGAGAAAUUUUUGUUUUUUAUGACUUAAUGGUCAUUAAUAUAAAACUUUUCUUGACAAAAAUAUUCUAAUCUACAUUCUAAUUGGCAGCUAGUUUGCUAAUUAACGAACUAGCUAUUUAUCUGUCAUUCUCAAUGUAAGAUAAAAUAUGAAUAUUUUCCCUAAAUAUUUCAAUUAUUCUUUCUUUAGCAACCUUUUAUUUCUUAAAAUCUUUUAGCCAGAUUUUAGGAAGAACGACAUUUGAAAACAUAUCAUUAUUGUUACUAUUAAUUAAAUACAACUUUUGCUACUUAAACCUUAGAAUCUUUUUUGGGGACAUUUUUCUCACUCAUAUGUCUAAUUUUAUAAACAAAAAUAAUCGAAUUAGCUAACUGGAAAGUUUGCUAGCUAGCUAAUCAGCUAACUGGCUAAUUUGUUAGUUUGAUAAUUAGCUAACUGGCUAAUUAGCUAUCAUUCUCACUGUAAGAAAACAAAAUGUGCGACAUGUCCCUGAAUAUUUCAGUUAUUCUUUCUUUAGCAACCUUUUAUUUUGAAAAAUCUCUUUGACUAUUCCCCAAACCAUCAUCAUUUCACAAACUGGAACUGCUGUAUAGUUUACUAACUUUAAAUGUAGGGUUAGCCUAUGUCAUAUCAAAAUUUCAGAGGGCUUCGUCUGCAAAACUAUAUUCUCAACUUCUAAGUGUUAAAAGAAAUCCUCAACCGGAUUUUUGGGAGACCAAAGAUCAACACAAGCUUUAUCGACACUGUACAGUAUUUCAAUAUUCUCCUGGUACCACCGAACUAGUGAACACAGCGUAUUGAUUGGCUUUUAAGAUCCAGUGAUGACAAAAUGCAUGCGUUGUCAUUGCAAAAGCGUGCGCACACCUGAUGUUAAGAAGCUACCUUGUUCAAUAGUGGCCUCUGCUAAUGUUGAAUGUCUGUAAAGUGAAAGAUGAGUUUCGGAUUCCUCCACUGAACUGCUUUGAAAGAAUGUUUAUGUGGUUUAAAUGUACUGUAUGUUCAAGAUUACUGAAUGUUUCUUCACGUACAUGUUGAUCAGUCUUUGACCAACGCUGAAUGACCAUCCUGAAUGUGUUCAUGAUUGUGCUGGACUUGUGUUUAGUAAACACACCUGGAUUUUGCUGCUGUUUUUUUUUUUUUUUUGUUAGUUUUUUGCUGAGCAAAGUGCUCUUGUGUGUUGACUGAAUGUUUUCUGGUGAUAAAUUGAUGAAUUCAACCAAGUCUUACUAUUUGUGUCAAGAGGAAUCUUUGAACGAGCAGAAGCAUUUCCGCUUUUCUUUUUUAUUUACUGUGUUUACAAUUGAGUCAGUGCACAUUAUAAAGCAGCAAUCAGUCUAUCUCAGUAAAUGUUUAUAUUUCUCCACCUACUAUAAAUGCAUGACACACUUACUGUAAAUAAAGCCAGCCUGGUCACUUGUUUUUUUUGUUUUUCUGCCAUCUUUGAGACGUUUUGCUGCUUUUCAUACCACAACACACAAUACCUGCUGUCAAACCAGCAGCUUUUUCUGUCUGUGUCUUUGGGUCCAGGAGUGGUACCGGCAGUCUCGUCUCGGCAGAGAGCAAUAUAAUUAUAAAGAAUACUUCAUCUCUGCACUCUGUGGAAGAGCUAACUCCUGAAAACGCUCUUUUGUCUUCAAGGCAAGCUUGAGUUCGUUCAGUUCUUCUUAUUCAAAUCUUUGUUUUCUGUGAGCCGAUAAAUAAAGAAAGGUGUAUUUUUCUGUACUUUUCAAUCAAGAUUUUGUGCAUUUUAUUCACUCUAAUUAUACUAUUGCACAUUAUGUUUCUGAACAAUUGAUGAAUCUUGAAUGUUCUGUAUAUACUUCUAUCAUACUUUGUGACUUUUAGUUUAACGUCUGCACAUUUCAAUAAAAUUUAUAUAUAUAUAUAUA